GCCGGUCUCUCUGGUUUCUCUGUGAACUGGGCGCACUCUCCAGCUUGCCGAUUUCUUCUACAGAUAAGAAAACCGGCACCAUUUCUGUGAGCUCUCAGUUGCUGAAGGGAAAUGGAGGGUAGUCUGAAUGAUGACGGUACAGAAGAGCUUAAGGGUCUUCGGAUCACCUCACUGGAUGAUGAGAGUGAUGAAGAAGAACAACAAACAGAACAAACAGAACAAGAAAUUGUUGUGGAUAACGAUGAUGAGGAGGAAGAAGAAGAUGAAGAAGCAAGAGAUUCUAUGGUUUUAGGUUUUGUGAAAAGGCCCAAGAAAGCCAGCUCUCUUUUACGCCAUUUCUUCCCUUCAAAGGCUGGUGGAGUUCCGGCUUGGUUGGAUCCAGAAAAUUUGCCAUCUGGAAAAUCUUGUCUUUGUGACUUAUGUGGUGAGCCUUUGCAAUUUAUGCUUCAGGUGUAUGCACCAGUGGAGAAGCCAUCCACAUUUCAUCGAACAUUGUUUGUUUUUAUGUGUACAUCAAUGGCAUGUCUUCGUCGAGAUCAACAUGAGCAAUGGAAAUGCCAACGGGACAAUCCUUCUAGAAGUGUGAAGGCUUUUCGCUGCCAAUUACCUCGUGAUAAUCCUUUUUAUCCAAGUGAGCCCCCAAAGAAGAAUACUGAGCCUCCGGAAGCCAGAGCUGCACUCUGCAAUUGGUGUGGUACCUGGAAAGGGAUAAAACGCUGUACUGGUUGCAGACAAACACUUUACUGCUCAGAGAAACAUUGGGUCAAGCAUUCCCGGUCCGGUCAUGAAUCUGAUUGUCAACGUAUGAGGAUAAGUUAUCAGUUGGUUGAAGGUAGCUCUGCCACUGCUUUAAACCCUUUUGCUUUAGUUCAGAAAGUUGCAAGCAAAGCUUUAUGGCCUGAAUACAAAAUCAUGCAGGAGUUUGAAAGUGAUUAUGACACUCAUAUGCCUGAUGAUAAUGUGAAUGCUAACUCUAUGGUCUCUAGGAACCAGAUGGACGACGGUUUGAUGUCAAUAGCAGAUAAUUUUGAGGGUGAUGGUGACAAAAAGAGCUGGGCUUCAUUUCAAGAGCGAAUAGACCUGGCCCCUGAACAAGUAUUAAGGUAUUGUAGGAGUUCCGGUGCAAAACCUCUCUGGCCCCUGACUAGUGGCCGACCAUCGAAGGCUAACAUUCCUAAAUGCCAUUAUUGUGACGGUCCAAUGUGUUUUGAAUUUCAGAUUUUGCCUCAGUUGCUAUAUUACUUUCAUGUGAAGAACGAUGCAGACUCUCUAGAUUGGGCUACAAUUGUUGUGUAUACAUGUGAAGCCUCUUGCGAUGCCAGUGUGGCUUACAAAGAAGAAUUUGCUUGGGUCCAAAUUUCUUAGCUAUCAGCUCUCUAGGAGAUGCUUUAGUGCCCAGAUAUGAGAUACAUACAUCAACAUUGUACUACUCUUUGAUCACUUUUUGUUUUGAUCCCAGUGAUGAGAUGCUAAUGGAUGUUGGUAGUGCUUACAAUUCGCGUGGGUACAAGUCUCUUCCCCAUCAGCUCUAUUUUUGACGUUUUCUUACCCUAUAUGAGAUCUACAUGUAAAAGUUUGUUA